CGCAAAUCUGCUUGUUAGCAGACCGAUCACACAAGUUACUCUGUUUUUACGAUGAAUAUUCCUAGUUACAUACCAAAUUACUACAGUUUAGAUGAUAUUACGGUAACGCAGGAGCGUGUACCUUGCCGCACGCUACAGGAUCUUUACAUGAUGGGUUUCUUGGAUCCGUCGGAAAAGUCUUCAAACUUACCCGCCAACCAUGAACUAGAGCUUCCCCUCUGGGCGGUUUUGCAGCAGGAGGAAACGAAUCUUUACUUUGAUGCCAAAAUACCGGACAUAUACAGCGAGGCGUACAAAGAAAUUUACAAAGCCGAUGCAAACUACGUGGAACUGGGAGCGCUGAAUAAAUUUUACUACGAGCUGGGAAUCUACAUGACACGCUUCGAUAGAUCCAACAGUGUUUCGGAAAUGCUGCACAGCACGGCACAGGAGCGACUGAAGGGGUUGAAGGAUCUGUGUCAGAAUGUCGGUACCGAAAGUGUGAACAUUACUAGCAAAUUUGAGUUCAUCGAGCGAAUGCUGUACAACGAAGGAUGCAAAACAAACAAGCUGUUCGACGAUUGGCUACAGGAGAAGCAGGUCUACAUAAAAUCUACAGAAAUUGCCGUUAACAUUCGGAAACGAAAACGAAGCCCGGAUGGUGAACCAGAGGAAGAUCAAUAAAGCUGGAUUGUGUUGAUGCUACUCGGAACAGUACUCCAA